AUGAACUCGUCGACUUACUGUGUAGCCCAGUUGAACAUGAAUCUCGUUCCUGAUCAGAUACUGGACUAUAGCAGGGCUAACGGGGUUGAGGUGCUUCUGCUUCAGGAGGUACCGACCUCGGGUAACAGACUUGUAGGAUUCGACUACAGUGCCGUUAGGACGGUUCUCAGCUGUAAGGAAGGUAGUGCAAGGGCAGCCAUAGUUGUUCUAAAUCAGGACAUCGAGGUGGUCGCCUUGCAGGGGCUCAGCGAUAGACACUUCGCCGUGGCUAGCCUUAGGAAAAGGCAUGGUCAGGCGGUCGUUUUCGUGUCGGCUUACUUCAAGUACAGCAUCCAGACACACAUCUUUACGGCUAGGUUAGGUGGAAUCUUGGAUAGGAUCGACCAAGACGUCGUGAUAGGUGCUGAUGUGAACGCGCACUCGCCGCAAUGGUUCAGUCGGCCGGGCAACAACACGGGUUCAGCCCGUGGGACCCACGUCGAAUCCCUGAUUGCGGAGAAACACUUGACGGUGCACAACCAGCCAGGCCGCCUCGUCACGUACGAGGGGCACGGUAUGGGGUCAUCAAACAUAGAUGUGACUCUGACGAGAGGGGGUUCCUUGGUGAACUCCGUUUCUGAGUGGGACGUGCUCGAUAUCACCGAUAGCGACCACAGGACCAUCAGAUUCAAGAUCCGAAUCGGAUCAGGGCCAGAAGGGCCCGCACUAGGGAAACGUCGCUUCAAUACUAGGAAAGCCAAUUGGGAUAGGUUUAGGUGGGUUCUGGCCCAGAAGGUUCUCGGUGACCCUGAGACCAUGGUGGCGGGUGCGAUGUCGUCGCUGGUGCCCUAA